AUGCUGCUGGCGCUGCUCCUGGCGCUGAUCAACCAGUUCGGUCUCGGCCCCAAAACGACGGAGCUGAUGGUCAGUCUCUACAAGCAGCAUCUCAAAGACGCGAGCAGCAAUGCGCCCUUGCUCAGUGAGGCUUCGAAGGAGGUCAAGAAGAAGUUCGGAAUGGUCCACGGCAUCUCGAUGCUGUUGGACUUGAUGAACCUGGGCGCUGUCUUCGUGUUCAUCUGCAUGGUGGCAGCUGACUGA